AUGGAUUUCGGGACAGGCCUGUCGCGCCCUGCGACGCCCUUCCCGGACCCGAUGAACGACUCCAGGUUCAGUGACAAGGACAAAGGUCUCGAAGAUAUGGAUACGUGCCGCAUCUGCCAUGGCGAAGGCACAGACGAAGAGCCGCUAUUCUACCCCUGCAAAUGCAGUGGUAGCAUCAAGUUUGUCCAUCAAACCUGCCUGGUGGAGUGGCUGGCACAUUCCCAGAAAAAGCACUGCGAGCUUUGCAGAAAACAAUUCCAGUUCACCAAGAUUUACGACCCCAAUAUGCCCGAACGCCUUCCGACGCCGCUGUUUAUAAAACAAGCUUCCAUUCAAUGUUUUCAAACCGUCGUGACGUGGAUGAGGUUCUUGCUGGUUGCAUUCGUCUGGCUUGGCUGGCUCCCGUGGUCGAUGCGGGCGAUUUGGAGAGUAUUGUUCUGGCUUGCAGACGGCCACUGGACAGCCACAGGAGCCGCUGCUCAACAGCGCGUGGCGCAGGCGGCUCAAGAUGGCAUGACGCAGUUGGCAACCAAUGGCAGCGUGGCCGAUGCUGCCUCGGUGCUCUCCUCGGCCAGUGCCAUCGUUUCCAGCGCGGUUCAAUCUGCUACGGCGUCUGCACCUACGGGCCAAUUGUCCACGGCGGGGAUCCAUGGCGGAGAUCCCCUCAUGCUCGCCCUGAUCAAGAAAGCGAUUCCGAGCUUCAUUCCUGCAUUUACAGGUGGAGCUAGUCUUGAUGGAUCAAGCCCAAACAAUACCACGAGCAUCCCCAAGGCCCGAUACCCAUCAUGGCUUUCCGACGUCAAAACUUUGAACACGUUAACGCCCUAUCCGACGAUCAACAACAUGAUCAUCGACACAUUGGAAGGUCAGCUUAUCACGCUUCUAGUCGUCGUAGCAUUCAUUCUCCUUUUUCUCAUCAGGGAGUGGGUGGUGCAACAGCAGCCGCUGGCCAACAUUGGCGAACUCGAACGUGAAGCCGCACUACAGGUCUUGGCUGAUAAUGUGGUCAAUAAUGAUCGACCCGAGGAGGAUCAGCCACCGCCCCCCGACGUUGUCCCAGCCCACCCUCGUGCCGAUUUCGCUAAUGCGCAGCACGAGGACCCAGGACACGUCCAUGGCGACAUUCUCGCGCGCGAUCCGAAUCAAUCACCGGCGCCCUCUCUGACGGACUCCUCCGAUGAUGGUCGUCCAGUGAUCGAUGUGACGGAAUCCGACGAUGGUCAUCCAGUGAUCGAGCGGCCGAUUUGGCCUCACCACGAUCGUCUUCUGGAAGAACGGAUUCCUGCGCUGAACGAUGAGGUUCCGGGAGCAGCCUCAAUCGAAGGAAGAAGGGAAUUUGCUCGCUUGGUCUUGUCCAACAUCGCAGACCAUACAGCUGGAGAUCGAGACGAAAUGCUGCGGAUCCUCCGACAACAAGACAUGGAGAGCCUCGAAGCAGACCUCGACUGGUUCUUGGAGGAACGCGAGGCCCGCUCUGACGAACAAACCGCACAGAACGAAGACGGCGGGCUUCACACGGAAAGCCAGGCCGCAUCUGCGUACGCCCAGCGGGAAGAGCAACCACCCAGGAGCUUUUACGAAACACUGAUCCACUGGUUCUGGGGUGAUAUCACAUUCCACCGCACUGAUGGUGACGAUCACCAGCCAGAAAACGAUGGGCAUGUUCUUCAGGAUCCGCAUUUCGAAGAACCCUUUGUGCCGCUUCCGGGCGCAGAAGUCGUGGUUAUCAACGAUGAGGACGACCCAGCCCCAAAUAACGUUAACAACAACGAUGUGGACGACCAACUCGAAGGUGACGAUCUAGAGGGCAUCAUGGAUCUCAUCGGCAUGCAAGGACCAAUCUUUGGACUCUUGCAGAAUGGUGUCUUCUGUGCACUUUUGAUCGCCUUUACAAUCGCCAUCGGAAUUUGGCUUCCUUACCUCUGGGGGAAAAUUGCCCUUGUUCUGCUCGCCAACCCACUCGAGCUGAUCAUUGGCGUUCCGAUGACUAUUGUGACUCUCAUUGCCGACAUUGCUCUGGAUACUUUGGUCGGUGUCGUCGGCUAUGUCCUUUUUGGGUUCAGCUUUCUUUUCAAGACUCUCCUCGGUCCCGUCGGCUCCUUUGCGUUCCUCGAAGAAUGGAUCCCACGAGGCAGAUCUGUUACUAGUGCAUCGCUUUCCUUGAUUGAUGCGAGCACAAAUCGCCUGAACAAGGUUGUAAAAGCAUUCCUGGUCCUCCACGAGUCUGAUAUUCCCAUGUUCUCCGUGCUUUCGCAUCAGGCCCUGAAGUUACACCAGACCCGAAUCAGUGCCCUGGUGAGCACUGUGUACGGUAUCAUGAAGUUCAUCCUACAUGACUUUCCGCUACGUCUAGCCACCCUUGGUGUCCCGAGCGCUUUCUCGUUUGGUUUCGACUUUGCCCAACUUAAGCAAGCUGCAAAUCACGUUCAAGAACUUGUCGUCAACUUCGCACGGUAUUCAUUUUCCUCCAGCCCUGGGGCGAAACUGAUGAAUGCUACUGCUGCCAAUGCAGCAUCGGCGAAUCUGACCGCUGACUACGAUCUUGCGGUCUGGGAUACCAAGGACCGCGCCAUUGCUAUUUUGAUGGGUUAUGUCCUGGCCACUGCCGUGGGAUUCCUCUAUCUCCGCAUCUCCGGCUUCCUCAGUGGAACGAACCGUGGGCAGCGGGCUGAAGGCAUCGUUGCCGAGGUUCUACUUCAGGCCGCCGGGGUCAUGAAGGUUAUACUUAUCAUCGGCAUCGAAAUGAUUGUAUUUCCUUUAUAUUGCGGUACUCUGCUCGACAUUGCGCUCCUCCCCCUGUUUUCCGACGCCACAGUUGCAUCGCGUAUCGCGUUUACGGUUGCUUCCCCACUCACGUCUCUUUUCGUGCACUGGUUCAUCGGCACAUGCUACAUGUUCCAUUUCGCACUCUUCGUGUCCAUGUGCCGCAAAAUUCUGCGAAGCGGUGUCCUUUAUUUCAUCCGCGACCCGGAUGAUCCGACAUUCCACCCUAUUCGGGAUGUUCUCGAGCGCAGCAUCACUACUCAGUUGCGCAAAAUAGGAUUUAGUGCUCUGGUGUAUGGUGCUCUCGUGAUUGUCUGUCUCGGCGGCGUGGUCUGGGGCCUUUUUUUUGCCUUUGAUGGGAUCCUCCCGAUUCACUGGUCUGCAACCGCUCCCAUGCUGGAGUUCCCUAUCGACCUCUUAUUCUACAACUUCGUCAUGCCGUGGGCGCUCCAAUCCGUCAAGCCUUCGGAUGGGUUACACGACUUGUAUGACUGGUGGUUCCACAAGUGUGCACAUUUCCUGCGUCUCAGCAAUUUCUUUUUCUCCGAACGCCACCCAGAGGAAGAGGGCCACCACGUCCGCAAAACCUGGUGGGCUCUUCUUUCGGGAAGCGAGGGUGACUGGGAACAUCCCGUCGUUGGAUCGGUGGAACAUGUUUCCGCAGAGACGGAGAACCUUGAUGCCUACUUUUUGCGCGACGGCCGAUAUGUCCGAGCCCCUGCUUCGGACCAGGUUCGCAUCCCGAAAGGCACCCAAGUUUUCCUGGAAGUCACCGAAAAUAAUCUGCGAACCGACGGGCGGUAUGAUGCUCCGGAUGGCCUGCAUGGCCGCUUCAACACUUCAUUUACCAAGGUUUACAUCCCCCCUUUCUUCCGGACUCGUAUUGCAGCGUUCAUCCUCCUCAUCUGGCUGUUUGCUGCCACCACUGGGGUAGGCACAACCAUUGUCCCCCUCGUCAUUGGCCGCCGGAUCAUCGCAUUCUUCCUCUCCAGCUCAGCACCCGUGAACGACAUCUACGCCUUCUCGAGUGGAGUGUGCGCGUGUGGCAGCCUGGCUUACUUUGUCUACUGCUGCUACCAAGGAAUUCAAACGGUGCGUGAGAAUCCUGGCGCAAUCUUGCGACCUCCUGGUCAGCUCGUCCAACUGGGUGUUGGAUUUGCUCUGGAUGUCGCCCGCCUGCUCUAUGUCGCCACUGUUUUUACCAUCGUGAUCCCACUGCUCUUUGCGCUCCUGACUGAAUUGUACAUCCUCAUCCCCGCCCACACCUUGCUCGGGGAUGGAGAGUCACACGUCGUGCAUGUGGUCCAGGAUUGGACGCUCGGAGUGCUCUGGGUCCAGUUGGCGAUCAAGCUGUUUGUGCGGAAUCCCCGGGACCCUCAUUCUGCAGCGACGGCGGUGUUUAAUGCAAUCUUCCCCAACGGGUAUUUCUCGCCAAACGUUCGCAUCGCGACCAAGGCCCUCAUUCUGCCGCUGCUGCUCUUUACCACCGCCGCCGUAGCUGUCCCGUUGACGCUAGGAGGCAUUGCCCGUUGGACCGUGUUUUACGCACACGUCGAGGCGCAGUCGCACAUCUACCGCUAUGCAUACCCCGCGACCCUCAUGAUCGUGCUGGACGCGUGGAUGACUCGUCGUAGUCUGCGGCGCCUGGCCGCCUGGCGCAACGAGCUCCGUGACGAGGUUUACCUGAUCGGCGAGCGGUUGCACAACUACACUGAGCCCCGGCCCCCCCACGUAGGGGUCUCGCGGCCGAUGAUGACGGCAUGA